AUGGUGGUGGGUGUGGGCACAGGCGUAGUGGGAAUCUCGCUCGUCGCAGUCGUGCCGGGCACUGCAGUCGUGGGAAGCUCGUCUGUCUCAGUCGUGCCGGGCACUGCAGUCGUGGGAAGCUCCCCUGUCGCAGUCGUGCCGGGCACUGCAGUCGUGGGAAGCUCGUCUGUCUCAGUAGUGCCCGGAGUGGACGUGGGCGUGGGAACCUCGGUCAAGUCCUCCUCUGUGGUGGUGCCAGGAUCGUGGUGA